AUGAACGAGUUUUUAAAGCAGCAUACAUGCUAUGAUGUUUUACCAAUUAGUUUCAGACUAGUUGUGUUUGAUACCUAUUUGCCUGUAAAGAAAGCCCUUAGUAUUCUAGUACAAAACGGUAUUGUAUCAGCCCCAUUAUGGUCGAGUGAUACACAAGAGUUUGCAGGCAUGUUGACUGUCAGUGACUUUAUUAGCCUUAUCCAGUACUACUACACAAACCCCAAACCUCAACAAGAAAUUGACUACUUACGUAUUCACCAAUUGAAGAAGCAAAAAGCUAUCAGUGCUGACCCGACCACAACUCUGUUUGAUGCCGCAAUCCUCAUGUCCGAGACAAGAGCGCAUCGUAUUCCUCUAAUUGCCCGCCAUCAAGACCAAACCAUGAUCAUUAGCAUCAUUACUCAGUAUCGACUCUUGAAGUUUAUCGCCAAUAAUUUCAAGCAGAUAGAUUUACUCAAGAUACCAUUAUCCACACUCAAAAUUGGCACUUAUGGAGAUAAAGUAGCCACUGCCUACAUGUCAACACCUGUGAUUGAUAUCAUUAAACUAUUGGCAGAUCUAAAUAUUAGUGCAGUACCUAUAUUAGAUGAAAACAAUACCGUAUUAAAUUUGUAUGAUACCAUUGAUGUGAUGAGUCUUGUCAGAUCAGAAAGAUAUAAUGACCUUGAUUUACCAGUCAGUCAGACGUUAAAAUCAAGACCCAAGGAUUAUCCUGGCGUCUGUACAUGCACUGUUAAUGAUACACUCUACUCUAUAUUCAAAACCAUUCGCAAAAAGAGAGUCUAUCGCCUGGUUGUGAUUGAACCUGAUACAUACAAAUUAGUGGGUUUAUUAAGUUUAUCUGAUAUUCUAGGCUAUAUUGUAACUAUCUAA